CAGACCAGAAUUCAUAUCCAUUGGUCGGGGGCAAACACCAAGGACUCUGUAUCCUCAGUUACUUUGUGCCACUUCACCAAGUCGGAGCCAAAGGUAAGGAAAUCUUGAAAAAUGAGAAUGCUAGCAAGAAUUGCCUUGGUACUUACCAUCUUUGAUGCCACACUGACUGCCCCAACUACAGAGCUCCUUAACUAUGAUUCAGAGGUCUAUGAUGCCAUCUUGGAGGAUGUGGGGACCUUGUAUAACUAUGAGCACAUACCUGUCAACAAAAUGCAGACUGAAAAAGUGACAGAGAGGCUUUCUGGGAACAGAGAGCUCCUCACCCCAGGUCCACAGCUAGAGGACACCCAGGAUGAGGACAAGGAUGAAGAAUCCACCCCCAGGCUGAUCGAUGGCUCUUCCCCACAGGAACCAGAAUUCCCAGGGCUUCUGGGUCCACACACCAACGAAGACUUUCCAACCUGCCUGCUGUGUACUUGUAUAAGUACCACUGUAUACUGUGAUGACCAUGAACUUGAUGCCAUUCCUCCCCUACCUAAGAAGACUGCAUAUUUCUAUUCACGCUUUAACAGAAUUAAGAAUAUCAACAAGAAUGACUUUGCCAGCCUAAGUGAUUUAAAAAGGAUUGAUUUGACAUCAAAUUUAAUAUCUGAGAUUGAUGAAGAUGCAUUCAGAAAGCUUCCCAGUCUCCAAGAGCUUGUUCUUCGGGACAAUAAAAUAAAGCAGCUUCCAGAAUUGCCAAACACUUUGACAUUUAUUGAUAUCAGCAACAAUAGACUUGGAAGAAAAGGGAUUAAACAGGAGGCAUUUAAAGAUAUGUAUGAUCUCCACCAUCUCUAUAUCACGGAUAACAGCUUGGACCACAUCCCUCUGCCUCUUCCAGAAAGUCUACAGGCUCUUCACCUCCAGAAUAACGACAUUCUAGAGAUGCAUGAAGAUACUUUCUGUAAUGUUAAAAAUUUAACUUAUGUUCGUAAGGCACUAGAGGACAUUCGACUGGAUGGAAACCCUAUCAACCUCAGCAAAACUCCUCAAGCAUACAUGUGCCUACCUCGUCUGCCCAUUGGGAGAACGCCCAGUCCUCGCAGAGAGCGUCAUGUCCACCCCAAUUGGCUGUCGUCCUGGGCAACCAAUGACACAGUGGGCACGCGAGGGUCCCCCUGCCAGUAUUUAAAGGAGGCCACUGCCCGUGCCCGUUCAGUCCGGCCAGGACGGCGACGGUGA